AUGAUCGUCCGGAAAGGAACUGAGGCCAAACAGCAAGAACAAAGUAACAAAUCAAUAGACAUCACACCAGCAGCGACCRCAGGCCAAGCAACACAGAACUCCACCACCAAAGCCACGAACCUUCCCACCAGUAGACAAGAUACCAGACCAGAACAGAYUGACAAAACUUCGAGUCUUACGAGAUCAAAGGGCAAGGAAAAUAUCGACCCUGUUACUAGAGACAGCGGUAUGGUUGCUAAGGACAAGAAAUACGAAGAAAGUGGGGCCAAAGAACGAAAAGGACCACAAGACACGAARCCAGUUUCUCCUGGGGAUGUAAAAAUAGAAGCUGCCGCAGGAACAGCUAAAUACACCCCAACCAAGGAACCGUACAGUAAACACCAUGACAGACCAACAAACCACAAUAUAAACCAACCUACCAAUAAACCCACGAACCAAACUACCAGACCCACCAACCAACCAACUAAUAGACCUACCAACCAACCCACCCCCACACCCACAAACCAACCAACCAAUCAACCUGCUAGCCAACUCCCAAACAAGCCUGGCAGCCGACCCACCAAUAACAAACAAGAGCCGUACACGGAACGGUACACCAGGCGGGAUGAAAACGACGUCAUUGCAAAUGACAAGGUUAUCUACCACGAUCACGUGRAUGUGGAGAGAGAAAAGAAAACUUGCUGUGUGAUGAUGUAAGCCACGAAAGACAGAGUCAAGGGAGGUGACGUCAUUUCGCAAGGUUAUCUACCAUGAUCAUGUGGAUGUGGAGAGAGAAAAGAAGACUUGCUGUGUGAUGAUAUCGAGCUGCUUUGACGUCACAUGCAAAGGGUGUAUAGGCGCGUGAUGGUUGCAUGGUUGAAGAAAGGCAUAGGGCGUCACAUCCGUCACCUUUCCAUAGCAACACAACAUUGAUUGGUCAACAGAUGAAUGUGGUUUCAGUUUAGAGAUACUGUAUCUGAGAUUCGGAUUUGUUUACUCUGCAAACAGGACUU